UGUCAACGUCAAGACGUAACUAAAUGAAAUGUAGUAAUUAGAAAAUAAGUGAUUGUGAUAUUUUUUGUGAAAAACCGACCUUAUUGUAAUUGUUUAUGAUCUUGUUUUCCAGUAUAAUUGUUAAAUAUUCGUGGUAGUUUACUUUUACAAACCUUUCGUUGAUAUUUCAUAGCUUAAUUCGUUCGAAAUUAGACCAAGUAGCAGUGAAUGGUCGAAACAAUAUGAAAGGUAUUAAGAUCAAUGUUAUGAGCUGAAAGUGCUAACAUAUGUUUCCCGUACACAAUUGUAAACAAAGGUGAACCAUGUCUUGGAUGAAACGCAGAGGUCCGAAUAACGCCAGUCCAGCACCGGUACCUUCUGUGCCCAUGUACAAUCCAAAUCAACAUUCCAACGUACACGAGAACCAGUGGCAGAAUCAACCGGUUCAAAAUAAUUGGUAUCCACCACAACAGACUGAAUACCAGCAAGCGGUGCCCAAACCCGAACCGUCUCAACCUCAACAAAACUAUUGGCAACAACCGUAUAAUCCUGUACCGUACAAUCAAAACAACCAGCAGUACAGCCAACAGCAGUAUCCUGCUUAUAACAAUCCUCAGAAUAACACCGGAUAUGAACAACAGAAUUACGGCAACAUGCAGUAUAAUCAAUUGAACAAUCAAAACAACAUUUACGGAACCCACGGCGCUCAGCCGCAGGCUCAGAGCGACGGAGACGCCUGGAAUUGGGGCUGGGGCGACGAGGACAAUUCGAAUAUGCAACACGCCACGCAAGAGAGCACCACUAGCGUUAAUCAACCCGCUGCGCAAUUAGAGACAACAUUAACUAACGAAACUUGGAACUGGGGCGUCGAGGAGUCGAAAAACCCGCCGGCUCCAAAGGAAGAACCGAUUGAUUACCAGCAGCAGUUCCCCAAGAUGGGAUUGAUGCCGAAACCGGCUCAAAAAUCCGCGCUGGAAGUCGACGCUUCGAAGCCCAACGCCGUUCAAGACCACCUGACGGUGUCCGGUAAACGUGGCAAACUGGAGACCCCCCAAUGGUCCACCGAGUCCCAAAUGUCCCAGGAAUCAUCCGACGAUAUCCUGCAUACCUCGGAGAGCGACAAGAGCCACAUGAUGAGCCGCAGCUCCACUAUCAGCCAUUCGCCGAUAUCCGGCCACGAUUUGGCCCCGCACGUUGCGGAAGAAGCGCCCGCCAAAGGCGAAUUUUACGAGAACAAGGAAAUCGUUUCGAACAUCAGACCCGAUUCGGCGCCGAAGAACGUCCCGCCGCCUUUGCUCCCGUCUGCGUCUUCGAAUCUAGACGACAGUAAAAAUCCUUACAAGCGCAACGCCGGAUUGUCUCAAGUCGCUGCGAAUCGAUUCAGAUCCACUAACAUUACGCCACCGGAUACCAGGCAAACGCUUUUCAAAACCAGCUUGAACUAUCAACUAGGUAAUCUCGAAACGCCACCUGAUAACGUCGAGCAUCCGGAACCUCUAGCGUCGCAUACGCAGAAAAUAAAACCCGUUUCUCAAAGACCCGAUAACAAUGAAGCACCAAUCAACGAUAGAAAUCAAUACUUAGAAACGGGACAUUUGUCGGAAGGAAAUUAUAAUGAUACACAAGAUGAGAGUACCAACUCGAGGCAAGAUCUUAGGAACUCCUUCGACUUGCAGGAGAGCGUCGAGGGCACCGGCGACGCCCUGCCGCCUCCUGGUUUGAGAAGAAUGGUGCCGGGUCAACUGGAGCAAAGCGAAAACCCCGGAAAACCGGUGAAUUUCACCGACGAACCGCCGCCGGGUCUGAGCAGGAUGGUUUUGGGCCAGACCGAAGCGACCCCUUCGAAUCAAUUGGGCGCCGUCUCUCAAAACGAAAAUGCAGCGCAAUUUGACACCUCGGGACCGCCCGAAGGGCUGCGAAGGAUGGUACCGGGCGAAUCCAGCUCGCCGGAAUUGCCGAUGCGGCAGAGCAGGAAAGAAAACGAUUCCGAACCGGAAUUCAAUCAACUCGGCCAGCAUUCAUCGCAACCCAGAUCAGCGACGAUCGGCGCCGAUACACCGCCGACCGUUUCUAAUUCUACUACCGCCCAAAACGCUUCGAGCACCAUCGGGUACUCCCGCUUGGAGAACGGCUCGUCCAAUUCGCAGUCGCGCGGCUCGAGCAAGGAGCCCGAGUCGAAUCAUCGCAGGGACUCGAUCGAAGGGGAGCCGCAGGACGGGGACGUCUCGAACAUCACCAACUCCGUGCGCGACAUGACGGUGGGCGAGAACCUGACGGACGGGCACGCCUCCAACAACAGCCUGCCCGAGCACCCUCAGCGGAGGCACAGCCGGCAGGAGAGCAGCGAAAGCGACAGGGAGUUCAGGAAGCCGCCGCGCGGGCCGUCCAGAGACAAGCGGUCGUCGGAGAAGUCGAGGAGGGAUCGGGACAAGGACAGGGACAAGAGUCGAAGGGAGCGGGAUAGUAGAUACAGUCCGGAUAGUAGAUACGAGAGGGAUAAGAAGUACGAAAGGCGGCGGUACAAGGACAGGAGGUACGAGGAGGAUACCGAUUAUUUCAGCGAUAAGGAGAAGGAGAGGAGGAACUACGAUGAUAAGGACGCCGAUUACGAGCGAAAGUACAGCAGUUUGAGGAAAGAGAAGGAUAAAGAUAGGCGUAGAAGAGACGCCAGGGAUCCCAGGGAUUAUCGCAGAGAAUAUUAUUAUGGGAAUAGGUAUGAUGAUUAUGAAAACGAUCAAAGAUCAAGACCGUCGAGUAGAACUGAUUCAAUGCACGAAUCGUACAGAGGUAGCAGGCCCGUGGAAAAAGACGAAAGGGACGGUAGAAGAAACCGAGAUAGAGAACGGGAAAAAUAUAGGAGCAGAAGAGAUCAGAGAGACGUGUACAAUCCUUAUCAGGCGUACGGUUUCGAUCAAUACAAUCCGUAUUUGCAACAAUAUCAAUACUACGAAAACCUGCGUAGGACCAAUCCCCAAGCGUACGCCGAAUGGUACCGAAAGUACUACCAACAAGCCACGGCGCAAACUCCUUCGUAUGGAGGCGAAGACAGAGCUUCGGUGCAUUCCGGUCGUAGUUCAGCCAACGACGAAUUGGCCAAGGAUAGGUAUACGAGGCAGAGUUUUUACAGUCAGAUGAGCGCCUCCCAUUUGGGCGGCUACUACAGGGACACGCAUACUCAUAGCGUUACGGGAGGCCAUUAUGCUCUCGACGCUUCUAGCUAUUCGCGUCCGUUCGAUCACACCGACUCCUCGCUCAAUCUCGAAGACACCACGUUGGCGUCGCACCGCCUGACGCCCGCCAAAUUCGCCACCGCCCACGCCAAGGCCUCGCUGGCGGCGGGCAAAUUGCUGCGCGUCCUGCCGCACUAUCCCAUCGACGGCCAGCCGGCCACCGUCGAAAUCUACAACGCGCAAGCACUGCUCCUCGACGACGACGAGUUCAAGGAGCUGAGCCAGUUCCCCGGGCCCUUGGUCAAGGGCGCCACCCACAAGAAGACCGUCAUCGAGUACUGCGAGAGCAAGAUCAGAAACGCCAUCGCCGAGCGACGGAUCGUCGACGUCGAAUCGUACGUGUUGAUGUGGGAGCUGCUGAUAUUGCUGAUUCGUCAGAACGGGAUGGUGGUCGGUGCUGAUAUAGCCGAGCUGUUGCUGAAGAGUAAAAGGGAACUGCCUCCGGUGAGACCGUCCUCGACGGUUUCGAGCAUCGGCAGCCAAAGCGGCGAGGCGAAUCCGUCGUCCGAAGGCGGCAACGCCGUGUCCGAUAACGCGGGUAGCGUCCAUUCGAUUUUAAAGGAAGAGGAAAUCACGAACAAGUUUAGGGAAUUUUUGCUGUACGGAUCAGGGAAGGAGGCUUUGGAAUGGGCCAUGAAACACAACCUAUGGGGACACGCGCUGUUUUUGGCCAGUAAAUUGGACAAACGGACCUACGCUAACGUUAUGAUGAGAUUCGCUAACGGGUUAACCAUGAACGAUCCGUUGCAAACGCUCUAUCAGUUGUUAUCGGGAAAGAUACCCGCAGCAGUGACGUGCGUUUCGGAUGAAAAAUGGGGCGAUUGGAGGCCACAUUUAGCCAUGAUUCUAUCAAAUACCUCGCAACGUCCGGAAAUAAACUGCAAGGCGAUUACCGUCUUGGGAGAUACUUUGAGGAACAGGGGGAGUUUGUAUGCCGCCCAGUUUUGCUAUUUAAUGGCUGAGGUCGGUUUCGGAAAGUACAACGACCCGGAGGCUCGUUUGGUACUUUUGGGCGCAGACCACUCGAAACCACAUCACAAAUUCGCCAGCAGCGAAGCCAUACACAUGACGGAAAUUUACGAAUUCGCUUGCGGAUUGAACGAUUCUGGUUUCAUUAUUCCUCAUUUCCAGGUAUACAAGUACCUUUUGGCUACCAGACUCGUUGAUCGAGGACUCGUCGAGAAAUCGCUGGCCUACCUAGAGAAAAUCUCCUCUUUUAUCGUAUCGAAUCCGACGCUCGUCGAAGCUUCGUUCGUCGAUAACGUGUACAACAUGGCGGAUAAAUUGAAAUUCAACGAUCUUGUGGGCGACGUCGAAGAUGAAACCGAAUUCGGUAGCAUUUUGGAAACGUCUCGCCCCGACAUAUCUUGGCUGAAGGACCUCAAAGCUGUUCAAGACGAUUUUCAAAACGGUUUGAUUCCUCAACAAACUAUUAAUCCGGCGCAAAAUUACGGUACUGGAUCAUUUGAAGCAGAACAACUUCCGCCGACUUACGAGAGUACAGAACAAGAUACGUGGCAACAACAGUACGAACAGCAGCAGUAUCAGCAGAAUGUUCAACAGCAACCGUGGCAACCUGAGCAAGUUCAGCAAAACGUUCAGGAUUAUCAGGACAAUCAACAAUUACAACAACCAAUUGAAUUCAAUCAAAAUCAGUACCAAGAUCAACAGAAUUACUGGCCGAAUUAUCAGCAAUUGGAUCAGGUGAAUCAAUACAAUCAAGAACGGGUCGAUCAGCAAAAUAUUUAUAGCUCAGACGCUCAAACCGAGGACCUACCGCAGCCUCAGAUAACGCUGCCCAAUCAACCGAACGCCUACGAGGAGGAGAGCCAGCACGACAAGGGCGAGCAGAAACCCAGCGUCCCAGCGAAACCCCAGGGCACUCCCGCCGAACCGGAGAAAAGCCAGAGCACCGGAUGGUUCGGGGGAAUUUUCAGCAAACUCGCGCUGAAACCCAAGAAUCAAAUGAAACUGCCCGACGACAAAAAUCCAAAGAUUGUAUGGGACGAAGCGAAGAAGCGCUGGAUGAAUUUGGACAACGAUCCGGACGAUCCGGCGAACGAGUUCAAACCGCCUCCCAAACUGUCCGACCUCAUGCCUAAAAUGAACACGAUGCAACCCCAAGCGCAAUCCACGCCCCAGCAAUCUCCCGCCGCGCCCAAUCCGGCCGCUUUCGAUCCGAAUAAAACCGUAACGGCCAACGGCGGGCCCGCGGAGACCGCCAAUCUCGCGCGACCCGUGCCCGGCGGUAACAUGUUCAAACUGCAAAAAGGACGAAAUUUGAAGAACUCUUACAUUGACGUUUUCAACGCUGGCGGCGCCAAACCGGCGAACAGCUCCGGGCCGGCUUCUUUGCCCGCGAUGUCCCAGGCGGCUCCGAGUGCACCGCAAAUGAAUUUUUUCGUUCCCCAGCAGGUGGCCGAUGCCAACGCCCCGGCGGAUUUUUUAACGCCGGGCGGGGUGCCUUUCAUGGGAGAGCCGCAGAUGUCUAGGUGGAGUUCGGCUAGUUCUUUAUCAAAGGAGGUGCAAUACUAUAUGCAACCGAAAUCAAAACCCAAAUUUCAUCUGCGAUAAAGCAUUGCUUAAGUCACUGCUUGUGCGAUUUUCAUCACAUUUUUGCGCAGUAGGCAGGAAGCAGUCAAACAUUGGACUGAGCUACGAAUGAUAGUGUGUAUUAAUUGUUUUUUGGUGUAACUUUUACAUUUGAUCCUGUGAUCACUAGAAAUUUUUAUUAUAUAUAGAGAGACAAUAUAAAUAUUAUAUACAUUGUAUUUAUAGGAAUUAAGGGUA